AAACCCCAUUGGCGCGAUUUUGUGCGCGACAGCGACGAGCGACGGCUUCGCGCGACGGAUCGGGCCGUCGCUUGAACAGAUCGCUCGGUCUUGUCGCGCGAUCGCUCGGUUUUGCAAAUCUAGAAUCCGUCGCUCGUCGCCCGGAAGUGCUAUGAGCGACUAGCCAAUAGUAGGCAGCCGGAACAGGAUGUACAUUAGUGACGUACUACCGGUUUGCUUUCGCGCGCUUUUCGGACGAGCUGAGCAGACGGCCUUCCUGAGUCGAGCGUACUGCCGCAUCUACGUUGAGUAUGGCGAAUGCGGACAACAAGAACGAAUUCAGUGAGCGUCUGAUAGACGCUGUUGAGCGAGAGCGCUGCCUGUGGGACUUGCAGCAGAAAGACUACAAGUCCCGUGGCGUAUGCGAGGCAGCGUGGCGGCGUGUAGCAGCGGAACUCGGAGCGACCGUUCCCGACGUGAAAGCCCGGUGGAAAAACUUGCGGGACACUUUCCGCCGUGUGUUGAAAGGGCGCAACGAGGCAAAGAGCGGCGCGGCCGCAGACGACAGCCUCGACGAGGACAAGCAGUGGAUGUUUUUCGUCCGGCUUCUUUUUCUGAAAGACGGCAUGAUAGGAAGACCGACAUCGGGAAACCUCACGGCUCCACCAGCAUAUGAAUGGCAAAGUGCCAGUGCAAAUGGCCACGUCGAGUCAGCUCAAGAAAUUUUUACGGCGAUGUACCAGGACGAGGGUAAUGACGAGGCCAGUGCAUGUGACCGAACAGAGGCAGCGAGCCUUGUUGACGUGUGUGUCGAAGUGCCGGAGCCGCAGCCACCAAAAAAGAAAAGGAAGAAAGAUAAAUACGAUGAGCAAAUUGACAACAUCACCAAAAUUCUGGAGAAGGAGUAUGAUGAAAUUGAUCACUUUGCCGCAUUUCUGGGAGAAAAAAUGAAGCGUGUACCUCUGAGGCUGCGUGACGAAAUGCAGAUGGAGAUGCUGCGAGAUGUUAAUAAGUACACUAAUAGCGCUUGAAAUUUAAUUUAAUGUUUUCUUUUUCAUUGCAUACUUCAGUGUUUAGGCAAGGAAAGUAUCCUUUUUAGUACACAAUUUUCAGUUUUUUUCAGUUUUCUCAG